UAAACAAUAACAUAUAAUCAAAAAAAAUAAGCCGAACUCAACUGUGUUCACGGAAAUUUAUGUGUAAUAAAAUUGUUGAAUAUAUUCAAGAACUUAUUAAAAAUUAUAUUGAAACUUGACAACAUUGCACAUUCGGCAAGUUCAACUUAACGAAGAAAUGAAAGUCAAUGAUAACCGCAGUGAACACAUACAUUCCUAAAGUUGAGUUUGCUGGAAAAAUUGCGACUAUUUGGAGUUAUUGUUAAGGUUUUUACUUAAAAUUAAUUAUAAUAAUUUAAAAAAUGGCAAAUUACUCAGAAGAUCAAUUGGCUGAAUUCCAAGAAGCCUUCAAUUUGUUCGACAACAGAGGAGAUGGCAAAAUUCAAUUGAGCCAGGUUGGUGAAUGUUUACGUGCCUUGGGCCAGAAUCCCACUGAGUCAGAUGUUAAGAAAUGCACUCAUCAGUUGAAGCCUGAUGAACGUAUCUCAUUCGAGGUGUUUCUUCCCAUUUACCAAGCUAUUUCAAAGGCGCGCUCUGGCGACACUGCUGAUGAUUUCAUCGAAGGUCUCCGCCAUUUCGAUAAGGAUGCAAGUGGUUUAAUUUCAACCGCUGAGCUGAGACAUUUGCUAACUACUUUGGGUGAGAAAUUAACGGAUGAAGAAGUGGAGCAAUUGUUGGUUAAUCAAGAAGAUUCACAAGGAAAUGUCAACUAUGAAGAAUUUGUACGCAUGGUUAUGAACGGUUAAGAAAUUUCUACAUACUAGACAUUUGCGUUCAUAUUAAGAAUUGCAAAAAUUCCAAAUUAAAAAGUUUUCAAUAUUAUUUAUAAUAAAAAUUAAAGUAUUUCCAUUAUCCACUAUUAAUAUUUUUUAUAUACAUAUGUAGUCACUACUAGUACUCGUACUUAUUUGUUUUGAGAAAAAGUAAAUACUUGUUUUUAAAUUUAACAAAUAAUUUAUAUAUUUGAAACAUAUAAAAAUAAAUACUAAGUAAUUCAUUCCUUCAGGGAAAAAAAUAUUUUUUUAAUAUUGCCAAAUAAAAAUAUUUUAU